AUGGGGAAACUGCAGAGUAAAAUCAGCUUCCACACCACCAAAUACAGGGCCGAGGGCUCCGUGGGACAGACGGGACCUGCUGGUGCCUCCUGGCAGCACAGCCCUGCUCACACUGAUGCUGUCACCUCUGUGGCUGCCCUCAAACCAGACCUGUGCGUGUCAGGAGGAAGGGAUAAGAGCGUGGCUGUGUCCAGCUGGAGGUCUGGGGCUGCCCUGCGCCGCUUCACCGGCCACGAGCGCGAGGUCACCAAGGUCACCUCAGCCCUCGACUCCAGCAGAGUCUUCAGUGCGUCCCGGGACAAGACAGUGAUGAUGUGGGAGCUUCAGGGGACUGCGGGGCCAAGGCAGCACUUCCCAGGACAUGACCUGGUUGUUACUGGGCUGGCUGUGAGCCCAGAUGCCUCCCAGCUGUGCACGGGCUCCCGGGACAACACCGUGUGCAAGUGGGACACUGAGACUGGGGAGUGUCUGGGCAGAGCUGCAAUCUCCAGGAACCUGGUCACACACCUGUGCUGGGUUCCUGGGGAGCCUUAUGUCAUCCAGACCUCAGAGGAUAAAACCACCAGGGUGUGGGACAGCCGGGAGCUGCAGGUGGCCCACACGUUCCCAGCCAAGCAGCACAUCCAGACGUGCUGUGACGUGAGCCAGGACGGGCGGUACUGCCUCAGCAGCAGCAGCGGCUCCGGCGGCCACGGCGCCGAGGCCACCCUCUGGGACCUGAGGCAGACCAGGGGCCGGGUGUGUGAGUACAAAGGGCAUUUCCAGACCACCACCUCGUGUGUGUUCCUGCCCCGGGGGCCCACGCUCGCCCCCAGCAUUGCCACAUCCUCCAGCGACAGCACAGUGAAGCUCUGGGACCAAGGCACUGCAGCCUGCCUGGCCACGCUGUGCCUCGAGGGCUCAGGCCCACUGGCCUCGCUGGCCGCCUGCGACAGCCGCACCCUGCUCUGCGCCAGCUCCAACUCCGGCAUCCACGUGCUGCGAGUGAGGGGCGGAGCAGAGCUGGCCCUGGAGGAGGUGGCGGCGUUCUGA